CGGACAUGGACGAAAAAUAAUGUUGUUCACUGAGAAGGAAAGUAUUUUAUGAUGAAUAAGCUGUCUUUCCGAUGAAACAUAGCCAGACGGGACAGUGAAAUGAGUCAACUGAUAUUAUUUGUCACAUUUUGAGAUCUACAAGACUUUUGGCUCGGUUCACUAAAAAUUGUGUGAAUGACCAAGUUGGGAGGUAUGAAACACGGACAUGGACACAGUCACCAGUGUGGAUGUGGGAAACAGAGACUUCCCACUGCAGUACCACACGCAAUCCCCAGGAGGAGUGGUUUUGCCUUCAUCCAGCUGGUGAGCAGGUUUGCAAUCGAUGUGUUGGUGAAAUGCUGGGCGCUGUGCAGCACAGGACUGCUGGCCGUACUGCUCUUCUAUUGGCUGUACGGAGGAUGGGUGGCGUCCAUUGUGGUCUGGAUCUCCAUAUUUGGAAUCUUCUACAACUAUCAAGACUAUCUCCUGUACUAUCCCGAGGUUCCCAAGUCCUCUCGACUGCUGGUCCAGUCACCCCAGGGUUGGAACAUCCCCUUUGAGAGCCUCUUCAUCAAAGCCAGGGACGGGACGAGGCUGCAUGCACUCUUCCUCAAACAGCCAGAGGGCCUCGCUGCAAACGCACCCACUGUGCUGUUUCUACACGGAAAUGCCGGGAACAUCGGACAUAGGUUAGUCAAUGCAGUGGCCUUGUAUGCAGCUGUAUCAGUUAAUGUACUACUGCUGGAGUACAGAGGCUAUGGCAAAAGUGAUGGCUCACCUACGGAAACAGGUUUAUACUUAGAUGCUGAGGCAGCCGUUGACUUCCUCUACAGUAGAACAGACAUUAACCAGAGGAAGAUCGUGGUGUUUGGCCGUUCUCUUGGAGGAGCAGUAGGGGUCCACCUGGCCACCCAUUCCAUCUUCAGGGACAGGAUAUUUGCAGUCAUACUAGAGAACACCUUCACCAGUAUACCACACAUGGCAACUAUUAUCUUUUCUAUGAAGAGGAUAUUAAAGUGGGUUCCAGUGUGGAUGUAUAAAAAUCAGUUUCUCUCUAUCCAGAAGAUUGGUCAGUGUAGCCGACCAACUCUCUUUGUCUCAGGACUGGCAGACCAGCUUAUCCCUCCAUACAUGAUGCAGCUAAUGUUCCAGGAGUCUGGGUCAGUGUACAAGAGGAUGUGUACCUUCCCCACCGGAACACACAACGAGACCUGGCAGUGUGAGGGGUACUGUGAUGUCAUCAGGAGAUUCCUACAGGAGGUGUCCCAAGCCCAUGGAUUGGAAGACUCAGAUGGAAUAGACCAUGAGCAUACCAUUAUAGAUAUAUGAAAACCCAAGCAAUUUUGAAUUACAAAAAACAUGUGCAUUCUACAACUCAGUGCCAUGUUCUGAAAAAAAAAACAUGAAAUUUUUCUCCAUGUACUAAAAAGAAAAAAAAAAAUGCCUCUAAAACGAGGACUCUUCUGUGUGUUACUAACUGAACAUAAAAUCCUUCCCACAUUAUGUGGUACAUAGGGCAGUGCCCAUCUCUGUUUCAUUAGCCCUUGGGCCACACAUUCAUGUAUGUGCAGGCACACAUAACACAAUAGCAGGGAGCUAGUCCACUGGUACAUGUAGCACCGUUUCUUUAACUUUCACACUCUAUUUUUCCAUAAGUGACGAGUGCUAAGCACUGAUUAUAGAUAAAGCAUGUCGGCAGAACAUACUGAACUUGCACUAAACCCAUAAUGUAUUAAUUGUGCAAAGCACUUCGGCAGAACAUCUCAUAUAAGGUCCUAUUUGCGUACAUAAAGUUAACA